AUUUGUUUCUUGUGCUCUGUUGGACUUUCCAGUCAGUCUUUCUUUUCUGGUCUUCCUCCCCCGGUCGUCCCCCUCCUCCGUCGCUCCCCUCCUCCAGCGUCGUCUUCUUCUUGUUUCCCUUCUCCUUUUCUGGUAUUUAUCUCAGGCAGACACGGAGACCGACGAGAGUGGAUGGAGGGUCAGCGGGCAGCUCUGUUGCAAUGCCAGCGAAUUGGCUGCAACGCCAUGUUUUCCGAGGACGACAAUCCUGAAGGCUCCUGUCAAUACCAUGAUUCGGGACCUAUAUUUCAUGAUGGGAUUAAAGAGUGGAGUUGUUGCAAGCAAAGAAGUCAUGAUUUCACCUUAUUUUUAGAAUUACCAGGAUGUAAGACGGGUAAACACACAACAGAGAAACCAGUGUUGGCGAAACCGAAGCCUAAGGAUCAUGCUCCUGCUCCUACUACAGCUCCUGCUACUGAUGCAUCAUCAAAGGAGUCCUGCUCUAGGUGUCGCCAGGGUUUCUUCUGUUCCGAUCAUGGUGCGCAAGCCAAAGAAAUAAACUCAAAGCCUGUAAAUGUGGAAACAACUCCACUUCCGGAAAGCAUUACUGAUGAUCAAGGCACUUCUGCUCCACCGAAAAAGAUUGUUGACAUAAACCAGCCCCAGACAUGCAAGAAUAAGGGGUGUGGUAAAACUUUCAAAGAGAAGGAUAACCACGAGAGUGCGUGCAGUUACCAUCCCGGGCCUGCUAUUUUCCACGACAGAGUGAGAGGGUGGAAGUGCUGUGACGUUCACGUAAAGGAAUUUGAUGAGUUUAUGAGCAUUCCUCCAUGCACCAAAGGUUGGCACAAUGCUGAUUGCUGACCCGGUAUCUUAACAUCAGACGCAGGGAAGGAUGAUUUGUUUUUCCCGUCUUUCUUGUCCUAAAUUUUCUUCUUGUUAUUGAACUGAUAUUACAUUUCUUGCAACUGUCCGCCACGAAUAUUUAGCUUCUCUCUGUACCACUUUUGGAAUAUAUGAAUUGUCAUGUCCUGUGUUCUUGUUAUAUUGAACAAUAAUUCAUGGUGUCGAUAUCGAACUUAUUACGACUCUA